AAGCAAUGAGCGACUGCGCUAGUGAGGCUCUUGCAGAGGGCUUCCUGCCAAGGAGAGCCACGAACAUACGAUGCCAUUUCAAAACCACGUAAGAUCCAACGAAGCGGCAGGGGUUGGCCAUAAGACAGUAUAGUUUAGAUAUCGAGGCCUAACAGUGUCGACCUGUCAAACGUAAAUGGUCCGUGCGUCGCGCGAUCUAACACGAGGCUCCGAACAAACGCAACGACGCGCACACGCAACACGUUGGCAUCUACCAGGCAGGAUAGAGAUGUGCAAUCUGAUCGCCAUCAACACAUAAACCGCUUCUCAGCACCACUCUACAGUGCCUGUCCACACACCACAAUCCAUAGCCCGAGGGCGCGGCCCCGUCCACCAAGCUGAGACUGCCACAAUGGACAACUCCGCCUACAGCGGCAACAACAAACACAUCAAAGAAUUCCCAGCCAUAGACAACAAACUCCACGCCCUAACCAAGAAAUCCCUCUUCGAGAAGCAGCGCGCGGAGGCGGAGGCGAAGCGCGUGAGGGAGGAGGCAGAGACGAAGGCGGUGUAUGAGAGUUUUGUGAAGUCGUUUGACGACGACGAAGGCGGUUAUAACGCUAAUGCCAAUGAUGGCGGGGGGGAUGGACGAGGUGGCGGGGGAGGUGGAGGGGGAUAUGGAAAAGGAGGUGGUCGAAAGGGGGGAGGGGGGUAUACAAGCGGCGGUUAUGACCACGGUGGGAGAAGGUUCGGCGGGCCACCACCGCCAAUGGGACCUAUGAGAGGGUCCAGCGGCCCAGGUAGUUUGGGUCCUAUCCAUGGACCGCGGAGGAAGAGGGGGUUUGAAGCUUCUUUCAACAACAGCAGUAGCAGCGCGCGGCGCAGCGGCAGCGGCGUUGGUGGCGACAGAGGCGACAGGGGCGCCCUCCUAGGCUUCGACGAUUCGCCUCCCCGCGCCACACCACGCGGUUUCGGCGCCUCAGACGAUGAGGAGGAAGACGAUACUGCGGCAGGGAGGACGGCGGGUGGGAGAGCAGAGCCGGCGCUGGCGAAACCGACGUUGAGACUUGCGCAGUUGCCGCCGGGGACGUCGACGGCGGCGAUUAAGGCGUUGAUUCCGGGGCUGACUGUUGAUGCUGUGAAAAUCCUGCCUCCGCCACCUGGAGGGGAGACGGCGGCGAAUGAUAUUGAUGCCGCUGUGCAUGCGUUGCAGAAUAAGUAUUUGGGGUUUGGAUUCUGUCUCGAGCUGCAUCGGUAUUUAUCGUCUGCCGCGCUGGAGUCAUCCACCGUCGGCGCUGGCACCGGGCGCGGAGCGGGUUCCACCGCAGGAGCAGCUGCGCAUCCAUUCGGCGCGAAACCAGUGGUUGUCGAAGGGGUCCCAAACACGCAACAAUUCGCACCAAACCAGUACCGCGGCAUCGCUCCCCCGACUUCCUACGCCUCCACCCCACGCGGGCCUUUAGGACCCAUCCUCCACGUCCCAGUGCGGCAACCAUCUGACAUCAAAGAGCUCCGCGUCAUCCACAAAACCAUCGAGUCGCUGCUCACGCACGGCCCGGCUUUCGAGGCUCUGCUAAUGAGCAGACCAGAAGUUAAGCGCGAACCCCGCUGGGCGUGGCUGUGGGACGCCAGGAGCGGGGGGGGUGUAUACUACCGCUACCGGCUGUGGGAGAUGAUGACAUCCUCCUCCCCCAGCUCUGGUCGCUACGUCCCCCUCUUCGAAGACAGCGCAGCGUGGAAGGCGCCUGAGUCUGGGUUACCCUUCGAGUUCGUCACGCGGCUCGAUGAGUUCGUCGAAGAUGCUGCUUAUAACUCUGACGACGACGAGGAAGAUUCUGGCGACGAAGCAGCGGGGCGCGGGAAAGAAGACGAGGGCGGACCGGGUUACCUCAACCCCCUCGCCAGGGCAAAACUUACGCACCUCCUUGCCCGCCUCCCUACUACGACUGGGAAAUUGAGAAAGGGGGAUGUAGCACGCGUAACCGCCUUCGCCAUAACCCACGCCGGGCGUGGCGCCGACGAGGUGGUCGAAGCACUAGUUGCGAACGUCGCGCAUCCCUACUCUUUCACCUCCGCCAACCCCACCUACCGCCCCCCCCCCCAAACAACUGGAGGCGAGGGGAAGGAAGCAGCGGAGAAAGAAGACACCACCCCCGCAACCCUCAACGCCCUCCACCUCAUCUCCUCCCUCCUCUCCUCCUGCUCCACCUCCCGCAUCCGCCACGCCUGGCGAUACCGCUCUCUCCUCGAAUCCGCUCUCCGGCGCUCUAAAACCUUCGAGCACCUCGCUAGUCUGGAGCGACGCAUGGGCUGGGGCCGCAUGCGCGGAGAAAAAUGGAGACGUAGUGUAGGCGCGGUACUAGCGCUGUGGGAGGGCUGGUGUGUGUUCCCUGCCAAGGCGCAGGAGGGGUUUGUAGAGGCUUUCAAGGUGCCGGUGAGGGAGGAGAAGGAGGUUGAGGAGAAGAAAGUUGGGAGGUGGAAGGCUGUUGAGCGGGUUGUUGGUGCGGAGGUGGAUGGGGGGGAGGAAGUGGAGGAUGUGGAUGGCCAGCCGAUGGUGGAGGACGAGGAGGAUUUGGAUGGGGUGCCCAUGGAACCGUCUGAGGAGGAAGAGGGGGAUGUGGAUGGAGAGCCGAUGGUUGUUGAUGAGGAGGAGGAGACGUAUGAGCCGCCGCCGGCGGAACCGGUUGUUGUGGAGCAGCUGCAGCAGCAGGAGAGAGGGAUGGAGAGGCCGUGA